UCAGCCCACUGUUUCUGCUAUGUUAAUAAGGGGGAAAACAUGGGAAGCUGAUUUAGCAUCAGUAUCCGCAAGAAAACAACCUUAGCCGUUUGUCUAUAAAUACGACCGACCGAGCCAGCUGCGUUAUACUACUUCGCCCUUAACUUUUACAAAUUCUAGAUUUGGACGUUCCCUUGUUUCCGCUGUCCCACAAGGAAACUCUGUUAAGGUCCAAGUUGCCCAAGGGAACUGGUGGUAGUAAUUGUUGCUGUUGCAGGAGAAAAAUGUGGUUCGUGUACGUUUGCGAAGAGGAAGAGAAGGAACUCGGAAGACAACAAGCCCCCGGUUCCUGUCCCUACUGUGGAGCCAAAGUUCAAGCCAUGGAUGUUGAGAUCCAGUCCAAGCUCUGCUUCUUGCCCCUCUGCUUCAAGAUCAAGAGAAAGUACUUCUGUACCCACUGCGCCAGGCGUUUAGAGCUCUAUUACUGAACCCAAACCAAAUCCUCAAUCCUCAACACUCCCUUGAACAACAACUUCUUGUAAAUAUACAUAUAUAAGUCUAGAUUAGGUGCUACUAAUCUUAGUUUUCUUUCCUUUUUUUAAUAUGUUUGCUGAGGAUUUUUGGGUGAGAGAUGCUAUGUCAUAUUUAGUCAUUGAAUCGGUUCAAGAUUAAAUCUUUUUUC